AUGACAGAACAACUGCAUGAUACCAAAGAGGAUUCACCUGUGCGUAAGAAGCAAAGGAUCUCGGCUGAUGAUUUAUACAGAAGAUCAACACAAUUUGAGAUGUGGUCGUUUACUCCAGAUCAACUAGCACAUGCGAAAAUCACCGCAAAUACUAAAGGUCAGAAUUUAGCUAGUGCCAAAUUUCAAGAAGCUUACAAGUUGGCAAAGCUGCAAAAUUCUCAAGUGUUUCAAGACAAUGCACUGGAACUCAGCGAAGAGAACCUUUUAAACCUUUUGUCCCCCGAAGAAGAGUCAACGUACCUCGAUUUUUACAUUCAAAAUAUCACCACCACAUGUAAUUUUUUCAAGAUGCCCACCCAGGUUAAACUCACUGCGGCAUCUUUCUUUAAGAAAUUUUAUAUUGUCAAUUCCGUCAUGGAGUUUCAUCCAAAGAAUGUGCUUUACACAUGCAUUUUUCUUGCUGCAAAAUCUGAAAACUAUUUUAUAUCGAUUGACUCAUUUGUCAAAGCAUUAAAGGGUGUCGAGAAGACGGAUAUCUUGAGUUUGGAGUUUAUCUUAUUGCAAAGUUUGAAAUUUACUUUGCUCGUUCACCACCCAAUGAGACCAUUAUACGGGUUUUUCCUAGAUUUUCAAGCAGAGUUAUUACAUCCAGACCCCGUGAUGUAUGACGUUUCGGUUGACACAAUUGGAAAGUUGUACAACUCUGCCAAGGAGUGGUUGAACAAAUAUUAUAUGUUUAGUGAUGUAGGAUUUUUGUUUGCGCCUCCGCACAUUGCGUUGGCUGCAAUGUAUGACAUCGACAGAAGGAUUACCGAUCGGUAUUUGAAGCGAAAAUUUCUAAAGCACGAAAAGUCGGAGGAUAGAGACAACAAGGAAAGAAAGGAAAAGAAAGAGAAUAAGGAAAAUGGCACUAACGAGAAUCAAAGCAUGAAGCAUGAAGCCGACGGCAAAAUGACAAAUGAUGCAAAUAGUGACCCGCUGCCGAAUGAGCAGAACCGAAGCUUGGAAAAUGCAGAGAAAGCUGUGGAAAUAAAUGGCGUUGAGACCGCAAAGAUACUGCCUGGAAGAGAGCAAUAUGAAACAUUGGUUCGAUCGAUACGUAAAUGCAUCAAGCUUGCAAGAGAAAUGCCCGUUGCUGAUCGUGAACGAAGUAAAGAGAUUGAUCGCAAAUGCUUUUUUGCAUUGAAUCCCAAAAAAUUGAUCGACAAGAGGAUAAAGAAGUUGACAACACCACCUGCAGAAAAAACUGAUCUGUAA